UCUUAUUUGCAUCAUUGCAGAAUUUCCCGUUGUGCGAGAGGCGAUAGUAAAUUCAGAAUGAGGGCAGCUAGAUAUUGUUAUAUAAUCUUCGCUUUCUGUCUAAUUCUGAAAGAAUGCUCUGCAGAUAGUAGUGAAGAAGAACCUUUCCAGUGUCACGAACUUUAUAUUUACAACGUAACUCAAAAUGGCGUAGUGGAUGUAUACAGCCCUUUCUAUAAAGAGGGUGGAUAUACAAAUGAUCUGUGGUGUGAAUAUGAAAUCAGAGCUCCUCCUGGAAAUCAAUUAAAGAUAAUAUUCAAAGAACUGGACAUCGAUCCUUCAGACUUCUGCGGACAGGAUAGUUUAGUUAUUUACUCUGGUGCGAAGGAACAUGUGAUAGCAACCGUAUGUGGAACGAAUAAGCCAGAGCCAAUAAUAACAGAUCCUGGAGUGAAUAUUGUUCAUCUACUUUUCCGAUCGGAUCACAUGUCCGUCGCCAGAGGCGUCCAUUUACAAUUUCAAGCUGGACCACAUUUCGAAUAUUGUCCACCUGGGAAAAAGGUAUGUAGCAACCGUAAAUGCUACGACGAAACAUCACAAAAAUGCAAUGGAGUUGACGACUGCGGAGAUGGAACAGACGAAGAAGGAUGUAGUAAGUCAAAGAAAUAAAAAUUUGCCACUUAUUGUAUUUA